AUGAUCUCUACCUUAUUGUUACUUCCUUUAUUAUCCGGAUUGGCUCUUGCAGCUCCAACACCUAUGCCUACUACACCUCACCUCGAAUCUAGGGGUUCAGGACCUGGAUCACGUAUUCGAUCAAUAUCCAACCCAGAUCUUUGCGUAACUGUUCAAAAUGGUUUUGCAGGUAACGGAGCUAGAAUAGCUUUGUCAGAUUGUUGGGAUGAUCAAGAAACAUUUGCAAAAUUGCAACAAUGGUCAGUUAUAGGUCCUCAAACUGGUCAAGUAGAUUUGAUAUGGCAUACAGAUCUCUGUCUUGAUGCUGGAGAUCAGACUAAUGGUGCAGAAGUGACCGUUUCAAGAUGUGGUGAAGGUCAAAGACAAUCAUGGGACAUCGAAAGUCUUGACGAUGGGAAAUUCAGAUUUAAAAUCAACGAUCAAUCUUCUCAAUGUCUAGAUGUAAUCAAAGAUAGUACAUCAAGCUAUAACAAACCAUAUAUUUCGGUUAAAGACCUUCAAAUGUGGGAAUGUCAUCCCGACGAUCAUCCUGAUAUCUCUCAACAAUACUUUGAGCUCUUCUAG